AUGAGUCAAAGGUGUAAAAAUAAUUUCAAAACUUUAAAUUUACCAGUUCCUGCUAAAGAUAAAAGUGAAUGUUUUGACAAAAAAAGUACAAAAGAAAUGAGAGCUUCAUUGGCUAAAAAUGAAAACAUUGUUAAAGCUGUCCCAGAAUGCAAUGCUGCAAAACACAGUACAAAUAAAUUGGAAGUGGACGUCGAAAGUCUGAUACUGAAAAUAUGCAGUCACUUCAGUAGAUCUGCAAAACGAAGAUUAGACUUGCAACGCCAAUUCGAAGAGAAUGAGUUGCAAUGGGAAGAAAUAAUUAAACAUGUUGCAACGAGAUUUUUAUCUCUAGGUCCUGCUAUUGAAAGAGCUGCGGAACUUUUAAAGAUAGAUGAAAUGAAUAUGGAUUGUUUGUAUGAAGAAUUUCAGUUGAUUAAGAAAAACCUGGACAUUGCAGCUACAUCAUCUGCUGAAAAAACGAUGAGUGCUAUUGAAAAGUGGAAGAAAGUGUUAGAAGGGUUUUCCUAUAACGAAAUCUCGAACAUUUUUCGCAUCAUAUCUUUCUUUUUCAGCAUCCCAAGCUCAAAUUGCUUCGUGGAAAGGGUUUUUUCACAAAUGGUGUUAAAGUGGACCGAUGUCCGUAACAACUGUACCCCUGACUUAAUAAAAAUUGAACUACUAACUACUUUUAAUUAUGAUUACGAUUGUAUUAAUUUUUAUAAAUAUGUAAAAUCCAACGAAAAUUUGAUAAAACUUGCGCAUACCUCUGCAAAAUAUUCAAAAAAAUAAAAUUAUAAUUAUAUAUUCAAAAAAUAAUUGGGUUUUAUUUGUUUGGAUAAAAAGUUGAAAUCCCGUAUUUUUUGCCCAUUUAAGCGUUUGUCCCUUACAGGCUGAAAAAAAAUCUGGCAACACUCCCUUGGACGGCUUAGGUCCAAGAAGGCUCGGGCCUUGGAGGAUCGGCUGUGGCGUGAAUGCGCCAAAUUACUCAAUACUUUGGGACCUGCAAGGACUGGCAAAGAAUGGGCGAAGGUAUGGAAUGACCAAAAAUGCAGAGUAAGAGCUAAACUGGUGCAAACUAAUAGCAGUCAUAGUGCUACGGGUGGUGGCCCAAGUCAUGAACCUAUUCUUACUCCAUUGGAGGAAAGAAUUGCCAACAUUAUAGGAAGAGUUGUUGGUCCCCUAGUUAAUGUAAGGCAAGAUCAAUUUGCUCAUUUGGAGGAAAGAAUUGCCAACAUUAUAGGAAAAGUUGUUGGUCCCCUAGUUAAUGUAAGGCAAGAUCAAUUUGCUCAUUUGGAGGAAAGAAUUGCCAACAUUAUAGGAAGAGUUGUUGGUCCCCUAGUUAAUGUAAGGCAAGAUCAAUUUGCUCAUUUGGAGGAAAGAAUUGCCAACAUUAUAGGAAGAGUUGUUGGUCCCCUAGUUAAUGUAAGGCAAGAUCAAUUUGCUCAUUUGGAGGAAAGAAUUGCCAACAUUAUAGGAAGAGUUGUUGGUCCCCUAGUUAAUGUAAGGCAAGAUCAAUUUGCUCAUUUGGAGGAAAGAAUUGCCAGCAUUAUAGGAAGAGUUGUUGGUCCCCUAGUUAAUGUAAGGCAAGAUCAAUUUGCUCAUUUGGAGGAAAGAAUUGCCAACAUUAUAGGAAGAGUUGUUGGUCCCCUAGUUAAUGUAAGGCAAGAUCAAUUUGCUCAUUCUAAAGAGUUAUUAGAGUAG